AUGAAGACAGCAGAAAUUAAUAAUCAAGAAUAUACAACUGAUUUUAAUGGAUUAACAACAAAACAAGAUAAAUCUUUACGAGAUAUAACAUCGUAUCAACCGAUUUCUACUACUCAAGACGUUCUUGCAAAUACAGAUUUAGAACAUACUGCUAAACAUCAUGAUUUUAUGGUAGCGUCUACAACACAUGGAGAAAUUGACAGCAAAACUGCAACUACAUACACGAUAGAGGUUGAGGUAGAUUUCACAACAGAAUUCCAGAAAACUGACCAGGACAUGUCAACUGUUAAAGGAAGUAAUACGGAAUCAGAUACUUCCAAAAAUACAAUUUUUGAUGUAACAGACGAAAAUGUGACAACCAAUAUGUUGGAUACAAAUACAGUAAUCAAUAAUAGUACUGCUUUCAAAGGUACGACAUUUCAAGCAGUCAGCACAGCAAAAAUACCGAACUCAAGUACGCAUUAUAAAACCACGCCUUUUGUAAGUACACCCAUUAAAGAGGUAACAGAUUCAUCAGAUUCAAUUACUGAAAGCCCAAAAAGCAUAGUUAAGAAAACAUCAAUAAACAUUCAAAGUUUUUCAGAGAAAACUACAACAGACGAUAUAGCAAACAUUCGAACGUCAGGUACAGCAGUCAGCAUACACACGUCACCUGUCCAAGGCGACAAGUCUAGAACACUAUUUACAGCUACAACUGGUAUUACACCCGGUGUCAAUUAUAAAACCACUGUUGGCAUCACGUCAAAUGAAAAAAAAUCACAUUUUGAUAGGGUCACAUCUAGUAUACAAGAUGCAUUCACAACGUCUCCUAUAACAGUAGAAACUAUUGAAGCAGAUGCCAUGGCAACUUUACUACAAUCUAAAGGAACUACUACCAAUGCACAAGAUGUAGUAACAUCUUUUACCACCGUACGGGAUGCAACGAAAUUAAUAAUCACAUCUAGUAAACAAGAUACACCAAGGGCAGAUAACACGGCCAAUGAACAUGAUGUAACUCCAACAACAGAAGGUAUAACGGUCAGUGUACAAGAUACAACAACAGAUAGUUUAACGUCCGGUGAACAAGAUGUUACCACAGCAGGUACGGUAUCUAGUGUACAGAAAAAAUCCUCAGAUAAAUUUUUGACCCAUACGCAAGAUAUUUCCACAGCAGGUAAAACCUCCAUUGUACAAGAUACGACCACAGUGGGUAUAAACUCAAGUAAACAAGAUUCAACCACAGAUGGUAUGACUUCCAACGAACAUGAUUCAAUCACAGCAGGUAUAACUUCCAGUGCACAAGAUAAAACGACAGAUGGUUUAACGCCCGGUAUACAAGAUGCUACCACAGCAGGUAUCACCUCUAGCGUACAGAAAACAACCUCAGAGUACAUUAUGUCCCAUGCUCAAGAUUCUACAACAGCAGGUAUAACGUCAAGUGUACAGAAUACGACCCCAGUAGUUAAAACUUCCAGAGUACAAGAUACUACCAUAGCAGCUGUAACUACCAAUGUACAAGAAACGUCUACAUCAAAUAAAACUUCCAGUGUACAAGAAACGACUACAACAGGUAUAACGACCAGUGUACAAGAUACGACAACAGCAGGUAUAACCAACAAUGUACAAGAUACGCCUACAGCCGGGAUAACUUUCAGGGUACAAGAUACGACUUCAGCAGCACCAAUAACCAGUGAACAAGGUACGAAAAUAGAAGGUAUAACUUCCAGUGUACAAGAUCAAACCAGAGAUGGUUUAACGUCCGGUGUACAUGAUGCUACUACAGCAGGUAAGCCGUCAAGCGUACAGAAAACAAUCUCUGAGCAUAUCAUGUCCCAUGUGCAGUAUUCUUCUACAGCAGAUGUAACGUCCAGUGUACAAGAUACUUCCACAGCAGAUGAAAAGUUCAGUGUACAAGAUACUUCCAAAACAGGUAUAACGUUCAUGAUACAAGAUACGACUACGUCAGGUAUAACUUCCAGCGUACAAGAUUCAACCUCAGUGGGUAUGAUGUCCAACUUUCUUGAACCAACCACAUCAGCUAUAACUCCUGUAGAACAAGAUUCAACCAAACCAGGUUUAACGUCUAGUUUACAAGAUGCAACUACAGCAAGUAAAACCUCCAGUGUACGGAAAACAACCUCAGAAGAAAUGAUGUCCACAGAUCAUGGUGCGACAGCAGCAGCUAUAAUCUCUCGUGUACAAGAUGCAACCACAGCUAGUAUAACAUUCAGUGAAAAAGAUACCACUGAUGGUUUAAAGUCAAGUUUACAAGAUGCAACUACAACAAGUAUGACAGCAGAGGGUAUGAUGUCUAAAUAUCACCAUGCGACUUCAGCAGGUAUAACCCCUAGUGUACAAGAUGCAACCACAGCUAUAAUAACAUCAAGUAGACAAGACACAACCACAGAGGGUAUGAUGUCAAACGUUCAUUAUACGACCCUAGCAGGUAUGACCGCCAAUGAACAUUAUUCAAAUAUAGCAGGUGUAACGUCCAAUGUGCAAGAUACAACCAUAGGUGACUUUAAGUUCCGUUUACAAGAUGCAACUACAGCAGGUACGAGACCCAGUGUACAGAAAACAACAUCAGAAGGUAAAUUUUCAAAAGUAAAUGAUGUGACCGCAGCAGGUAUAACCUCCAGUGUACAAGAUUCAACCUCAAAAGGUGUAACGUCCAGUGUACAAAACAUAACACCGUCCAUUUUACAAGAUGCCAAGGUGACGUCUACUGUACAACAGACAACCUCAGAGAGUAUGAUGUCAAAAGAGCAAGGUGCAACCACAGCAGGUAUGACGUCCGCUGUAAGAGAAACAACAUCAGAAGGUAAGAUGUCAAAUAUUCAUUAUACGACUAUCGCAGGUAUGAGCUCCAGUAUACACGAUUCAACCAUAACAGAUAUAACGUCCGGUGUACAAAGUACAACCACAGAUGGUAUAACACCCAGUUUACAAGAUGUAACAACAGCAGAUAUGACGUCUACUGCACAACAGACAACCUCAGAGGGUAUGAUGUCCAAAAAGCAUGGUGCAAACACAACAGGUAAGACGUCCGCUGUUAAACAUACAACGUCAGACGGUACGAUAUCAAACGAUGAUUAUAGACAUAUAGCAGGUAUGACCUCCAGUGUACAUGAUUCAACAAUAACAGAUAGAAUGUCCGGUGUACAAGGUACAACCACAGAUGGUAUAAAACCCAGUUUACUAGAUGCAACAACAUCAGGUAAGACGUCUACUGCACAACAAACAACCUCAGAGGGUAUGGUGACCAAAGAGCAAGCUGCAACCACAGCAGGUAUGACGUCCGUUGUAAGAGACACAACCACAGAGGGUACGAUGUCAAACGUCUAUUUUACGACUAUAGCAGGUAUGACCUCCAGUGUACCUGAUUCAACCAUAACAGAUAUAAUGUCCAGUGUACAAGGUACAACCACAGAUGAUUUAACACCCAGUUUACUAGAUGCAACAACAGUAGGUAUGACGACCAUCGUAUCAGAUACAACCUCAGAGGGUAUGGUGUCCAAAGAGCAAGCUGCAACUACAGCAGGUAUGACGUCCGCUGUAAGAGACUUAACCACAGAGGGUACGAUGUCAAACGUCCAUUAUACGACUAUAGUAGGUAUGACCUCCAGUGUACCUGAUUCAACCAUAACAGAUAUAACGUCCAGUGUACAAGGUACAACCACAGAUGGUAUAACGCCCAGUUUACAAGAUUCAACAACAGCAGGUAUGACGGCCAUCGUAUCAGAUACAACCUCAGAUGGUUUGAUGUCCAAAGAGCAAGAUGCAACAACUGCAGGUAUAACGUCCAUCGUAUCAGAUACAACAUCAGAGCGUAUAAAGUCCCAUGAGCAAGAUGUUACUACAGCAAGUAUGACGUCCAUCGUAUCAGAUACAACAUCAGAGCGUAUAAAGUCCCAUGAUCAAGGUGCAACCACAGCAGGUAUGACGUCCAUCGUAUCAGAUACAACAUCAGAGCGUAUAAAGUCCAAAGAGCAAGAUGUAACCACAGCAGGUAUGACGUCCAUCGUAUCAGAUACAACAUCAGAGCGCAUAAAGUCCAAUGAGCAAGAUGUAACCACAGCAGGUAUGACGUCCAUCGUAUCAGAUACAACAUCAGAGCGUAUAAAGUCCAAUGAGCAAGAUGUAACCACAGCAGGUAUGACGUCCAUCGUAUCAGAUACAACAUCAGAGCGUAUAAAGUCCAAUGAGCAAGGUGCAACCACAGCAGGUAUGACGUCCAUCGUAUCAGAUACAACAUCAGAGCGUAUAAAGUCCAAUGAGCAAGGUGCAACCACAGCAGGUAUGACGUCCAUCGUAUCAGAUACAACAUCAGAGCGUAUAAAGUCCAAUGAGCAAGAUGUAACCACAGCAGGUAUGACGACCAUCGUAUCAGAUACAACAUCAGAGCGUAUAAAGUCCAAUGAGCAAGAUGUAACCACAGCAGGUAUGACGUCCAUCGUAUCAGAUACAACAUCCGAGCGUAUAAAGUCCAAUGAGCAAGGUGCAACCACAGCAGGUAUGACGUCCAUCGUAUCAGAUACAACAUCAGAGCGUAUAAAGUCCAAUGAGCAAGAUGCAACAACAGCAGGUAUGACGUCCAUCGUAUCAGAUACAACAUCAGAGCGUAUAAAGUCCAAUGAGCAAGGUGCAACCACAGCAGGUAUGACGUCCAUCGUAUCAGAUACAACAUCAGAGCGUAUAAAGUCCAAUGUGCAAGAUGUUACCACAGCUGGUAUGACGUCCAUCGUAUCAGAUACAACAUCAGCGGGUAUGGUGUCAAAUUUUCAUGAUACGACCACAUCAGAUAUGACGUCCAAAGCAGAUAUAACUUCCAAUACGCAAGAUAUAACCACCGAGAGCAUGAUAUCAAAAUCACAAGAUUCAACCUCAGUAGUAAGAGAUAUUACCAUAAUGGCCAUCACAUACAGUAUACAUGAUACAACCAGAGCAAUUGUUAAGUCCAGUGUAGGAGACGAUACAACAACAGUCGAUACCUUGUCCAUAAUACAAGAUACAACCAAUGCAGGUAUCACGUAUAACGAAAAAGGUUCAACUAACAAGAAAGUAAACAUACAAGACACCACUACGGUAGACACACCAAUAGUUUCAAGUUCAGGAACUUUUGAUCAAAAUGACGACACUCAUAAUACAGAAGAAAGUAUCAUCAUUCCUACUCAAGAUAAAACAUAUCAAGAAAGUACAUCUGGCACGACAUUUAAAAUCAUCGUAUCAGAAUCAGAAACAACUUCUAAAGUCAUUUCAACUGCACCAAUUACAAAUGACUAUAGUACUAGGACUACAGGAGGUUUCACUACCGGGGAUACAAGAUAUUACACUACUGAGAAUACAGAAAAAACAGAUAGAGCACAAUCAACUAUAAAUUAUGGUAAAAUGUUAACGAGUCAAGGUAAAUCGUCGACUUCUUUAGUAUCUGAAGAAUCAACUUCAAAAAAAAUUUCAACCUCAGAACACCGCGAAUCUGUUGAUCAAAAUACAGAAAGUUCAAAACACCCAACCUCAUUGAUAGAAGGAGGAACCACUGAAUCUUCACUUCAUACACAUAAUUAUGUUACCACUGACGGUGGAAGCAGUGCUAUGAAAAAUACCAACCAACCUACCACGGUGUUUGAUUUAAAUAGCAGUUCUACCAGCAACGUUAGUAUGAACUUAGACAGGGAAAUAACGACCGCUACCAACGAACAAUUAACAAGUGGAAAUAGUAUUAGUAUUACAGAUGGUGGUACAACUGUUGAUAGACAUAUUACACCUUCAGCUGAAAGCAGUGCAAUUUCCAUUGAUGAAAUGACUACAUUUGGUGAUGAGGAUACUUCUCCAAGGACUACAACUAGAACAAGCGUUGCUGGAAUUUUUACUUCAGGAAACUUACAAUCUACUUAUUUGAACAGAAUAAGUACAGAAUACGUCAGUGAUACUGUUACUUCCGUAAAUGGUUAUACAACUCCGCAGUUCAGUAGGCCUGGAAAUCAUGGUGGUGACACAACACAUGUGACUGUUCGAAAUACAGCAAUCAAGACAUCCACAAGUGAGUACAAUAACGAUUUAAGUACCUCUGGGCAAACACUUACAUCAACUGAAAAAAGUAGUUCUACGGAGGAAGUUCAUGAAAUGAUUUUUAAAGAAGGUGAACAAACCAACCUUGCAGAAAAUCCCACUUCAAAACCUGUCAGAGCUGAUGGGUUUGAAGAUUCAUAA